GUUAAAAUAAAGUUUUUUAAGAAUGAAUCACAAUUACAAUUAAUGGAUCUGAGUACCCGAACAGUAUCAAAUAACUCUACUAACAGUUCUGUCAAUUCUAAUGAUGUCUCAAAAAAUAAUGGAAAUGAUUUCAGGCACCCACAUAUAACAACUAUAAAGCUUGAAAGUGAAGGACAACAAAGCGCAUUUGGAACUUUUAAUGGAGAAAAAAUAAAACAAGAAAUUAUUAAUAUCCCAAAAGAAACAACAAUUCCUUUGGAAUCCUCUCACGAAGCAACAUUCUCCACUACCUCUGAACGUAUCCAAACCCAAUUGUGUUGUCAAGUCUGUCACUUGGCUGCUUCAAAUGGCCUUCACUUUGGGGCGCGGACAUGUGCUGCUUGUGCGGCCUUCUUUAGACGGUCAAUAAGUGACCAGAAAAGAUAUAUUUGUAAAAAAUCUCAGCGGUGUGUGAUUAGACCGAGCGAUAUUGGAAGUUGGAAAAUUGAAAAUUUUCAAAAAUAUUUUUUUUCAAUUUUUAGCGCAAGGAUAUAGAAAAAUAUGUAGAAAUUGCAGGAUGAGAAGAUGCUUAGAUAUUGGCAUGCUUCCAGAGAGUAAGUAAAAAUAUUUAGAAAAAUUAUAAUAUUAUAUAGCGUUUUUAUUUAAAUAGAAGUACAUCCUGAUUUUAAGCCCCACUUUAAAUGAUAAUAAAAACACUCCUUUAACACUCCUACCCACCCCCCCCCUCCUCCUCUAAAUCAAAAAAGGUCAGACAAAUAAAGAAUAAUUUUUCUACGUUCAACUUCGAUCUGAGUGAAUGAGGGAACGACCCAAAAAAUUUUGUUCUCCUAAGCAGAGGGUGAUCGGAAAUGACAAAGGUGCCGGAAAUCGGAACUGUCGGAAAUCGGAAAUGGCUCAAAAGUCG